AUGGAUGCAAGUACUUUUAGAAGACGAUUUCGACUUUCUAAAGAAACAGUACAUAUUUUAGUCCAGAUAGAAGAUCAACUGGAAUAUCGAUAUGAUUUAAACAACUGUGUAUCUCCUAUAAACCAGUUGCUUGUUACUCUAAGGUUGUACUCCACAGGUGGACAUUUAGAUUUGGUGGCAGAUUUUGCUGGAAUGCAUUUAUCUACAGUAUCUAGAAUUAUUGUUAGAGUGUCUGAGGCGAUAGCUAAUUUAUCACAGAAUUAUGUAUCAAUGCCGACUAAUAUUAACAGCAUAAGGGCCACACAACAAAAUUUCUAUGAUGUUGCAAAUUUUCCAAGAGUGAUUGGUGCAGUUGAUGGCACUCACUGCAGAAUAAUUUCUCCAGGAGGUGAUGAUCCAGAAGUGUUUAGAAAUAGAAAGGGCUACUUUUCGAUUAAUGCUCAAUUUGUCUGUGAUUCAAGAUUGAAAAUAUUAAAUGUCGUAGCUAGAUGGCCAGGAAGUACUCAUGAUUCUCCAAUUUUUAAUAAUAGUCGUCUGAAGAUGGAUUUUGAAAAUAACCAAUAUCAAAAUUGUUUACUCUUAGGGAUGGAUAUGCCAAUAAAACAUACCUAUUGA